AUGGCUCCUUUGACCAGGCCUCCGAUAUCCUCAACCCGACCACAGGGGUCACCUGCUGCUUCUCCACCCCCUCCGACCAAGGUGCAACAUCAAAGGAAGAGGCCGAGCUCGUCGUCUAGUGGCACGGCCUCUAAGCAAGCCCGCUUUGAGCCGAGCAACUACAAAUUUUCAAGUAAAAUGGAUGCAGAAAAUUCAAAAGGCCACCGCAUGAGUGUGCAAAAUUUCCACUAUCCGAACACCGUCGCGUGUGUAAGGAGGUUCAGUCGUGUUCUGCCGACCGAGCAAAUCGAUGUUUGUGCUCAUCUGCCUAACGGCGUCGCUACUGAUACUGCCGCUAGUGCUGCCGCCACUACCUCCACCACCUUUUAUGUUGCUUUUGCUGCCCAUUUGUAUAUUGGCAAUGCUGAUGAUGUUGGCUUUGAGGCCGGCUAA